UAAGUAAAAUAUGGGAUAUGGCUGAUCCACAAUCACGGGGUUCUUUAGAUAAAUCUGGUUUGUUUGUUGCAUUAAAGCUAUGUGCAUUAGCCCAGACAGGAAAGGAUUUGAAUAUGUCUAAUUUAAGCCUUGAAUUGCCACCACCAAAAAUGGGAGAUAUUCCAGUUGUUCCGCAAAAGACUAUCACCAAUGCUCUACCUGUAAUAACAUCUGUUAACAAUGGAGAUUGGUCAAUUAAUCCUACAGAACGAGCAAAAUAUGAUCAGCUUUUUGAUAGUUUACAACCAUCUAAUGGAUAUAUAUCUGGAAAUAAGGUAAAAGGUGUUCUUAUGGAUAGCAAACUUCCUUUGGACACUCUUGGUAAGAUUUGGGACUUAGCAGAUAUGGAUAAAGAUGGUAUGCUGGAUAGACAUGAAUUUGUGGUUGCCAUGCAUCUUGUAUAUAAAGCAUUGGAAAAAUAUGCAAUACCAAGUGUGCUUCCUCCAGAAUUAAUGCCACCUGGUAAACGGAAAGACAUUCCUAAAACUAAAUCUCCUAUAUUAAUGGACAUGGCAAUUGUGACAUCACCAUCAUCGCAAUCAUCAUCUAUUCCACCUUUACAAAAUACAGCUGUAAAGAGCUUGACAGGGUUGGAGGCUGUAAAAACUGCCAAUACUUUUUAUACUACAUAUUCUCAGACAAAUACACAACAAUGGGUAGUUUCGGCUGAGGAUCAAAUAGCUGCAGAGAAAUUAUUUUUACAAGCUGACAUGGAUAGGGAUGGAUUUGUCUCUGGUUUAGAAAUCAAAGAUGUCUUCCUUCAAAGUGGACUUCCACAUCCUGUAUUAGCCCAUAUAUGGAGUUUGUGUGAUAUUUGUCAAAGUGGAAAAUUAAAUAAGGAACAAUUUGCCAUAGCUAUGUGGCUUAUCAAACAAAAACUCAAUGGCAUAGAUCCUCCAGCAAGUUUAACUCCUGAAAUGAUACCGCCUUCUAUACGGAAAGCUGGGGAAACUAUAGUGGAAAACAAUAACAUAUCAGGCUAUUCAAAUCCAGAGUUAGAUAUGAUAAAUAAAGAUAUAGCGGAACUCGUGCGUGAAAGGCAAAGCAUGGAACAGGAUAUAGCACAAAAGGAGGCAGACAUUAAAAUAAAAAACGGGGAAAUUAAAAGUCUUCAAAGCGAAUUAGAUACACUUGCGGCAACAUUGAAACAACUGGGAAAUCAGAAGGGUGAGGCGCAGAAGAGAUUGAAUGACUUGAAAGCGCAGGUUGAUAAACUUCGUCAACAAGCUGAAGAACAAGAAUCAGUACUACGAGCUCAAGAAGAGGAGCUAAAUUUUAAGAGACAAGAGCUUGAAGGAUUGAAACAGGAAGAGCAACAAUUGGAACAGCAACAAAAUAAAAAUAGGGACCAAUUAAAUGAGCUGACGAAAAAGCUACAAGAUACUCAAUUAGAGAUCUGUCAAGCAAAGGCAAAGAUCACUCAUUUGCAGGAACAACAACGUCAGAUGAGCGAUUCUAUUGCACUUUAUGAUUCUGCACUCGCUGCAGGAGAUUUGAAUCUUGUACCUGAUACUAGUCUACAAUUUAUACCUGAAAUUGAAGAUAUAGAGUAUGAGACAACUAAGAAUAUAGAUGAAACCAAGGAAAUGAAACUAGAUGCAAUUGGGACUUUAGAUGGAUUUGGAGAUCAAGAUCCUUUUGCAUCGAAUAAAGCCAAAGAAGCAUUUAAUGCACCAAUAUCUGAUCCAUUUGGAAACGCAUUCUCUGCGCAGCAAUCUAAUAAUGGUUUUACAGCAGAUCCUUUUACUACAUUUGAUAAUACCAAUACAAUGACAAAGCAAGAUCCUUUUGAUCCGUUUGGCAAUGAAAAACGAGUAGAGAACAAAACACCUACAACUGCAACAUUGAAUACGAAAGAUCCAUUUGGAGAAGAUCCUUUUGCAAAUCUUCAUGCUCCUCCUCGUCCGGAAAGUCCUAGUCCUGCUCUUCCACCAAAAAAAGCAAAGCAGCCACCGCCACGACCAGCUCCACCACGACCAAGUCAAGGUCCUACUGGUCCACUGAGAGCAGCGCCAGCACCUCCAACACCUUCACCCACUCCAGAUCCAUUUGCAAACGCAAAUUCGGAUCCAUUUAGUGCUCAGCAAACAACGAUUGAUAACAAUAAUAGCUUUGCAUCUUCUACUGGAUUUGCCGACUUUACCAAUUUCGAUUCCAAGCCAGAACCGACGGCUAAUGAAAUGGCUCCACCAAGACCGACAAGUAAAAUCCACGUAACAAUGGCGCAACCAAAGCUAUCGGAUUUCACAGAGGACCCUUUUCGAGAUUACCGUUAUGAAGAUCCUUUCAAUAUAACGGACCCAUUCGACGAGACGGAGGAUUUAAACGCGAACAAGAGGAAGGGAACGGACAAAACAGAUCCUUUCGGUUUUGACACGAUUUCUGUAUUCUCUGGUAAAAAUACUUCGAUUAAAGUUUUCGAUAACGAUUUCUCAAACGUUUUUUCAUCCGCUAAAGGAAAAGUUGAAAAGAACAACAUGAGCGACACAAACAGUUCAAGCAAGUUCGAUGUCGAUUUUGGGAAAGUGUUUUCCGCCGAUAAUAAAAACGUUCAAAGCAUUGAGGCUGAUUUUUCUCAAGCGUUCACAAACAUCAGAACAAAAACUGUUGAUCUCGAUGAGGCAUUUUCGACUAAGGACACAAAGACCACCGCAAUGCACGAAUUAGAUAUAAUGCACACCUUAAAAUCUAAUAUCAUCUAUAAUGACGAGAAAAUCACAAACAAUUUUGACAAAAUGUGGAACAGUAAUAUAACUAAUUUAUCGGAGGAAGAACAGUUAGCGUGGGCAGAAAAACAAAGUAUAAAAGCGGAAGAGGAGAGACUUAGGCGUAAGGAGAAAGAAGAUGCUGAACUGGCUCUCGCUCUUGAAUUGAGUAAACAAGAAAAGUCGGGAAAUGUUUGAACUUUAAUCGAUGAUGUUAUUUCUUUGCAUUUUCAUAUCACUGUGAACUUGUUAAAUUGCAUGACAAAGUUUUACAUCUCAACAUAACUUUACAUAACAACGGCAUUGCGCAAGCUUACAUUAUUACGCAUUAGCAUCACGUAUAGAAGCGAAAUGUAGAUGCAGGUUAUCAGAUUGACAAUAAUGUCGGAUAUAUAGAUAUUAGAAGUAUUCAAAAGAAAAA